CUUGAACUGUUUACCCUUACGUAUAUACCAGGCAUUACAAGUGCUAUACACACUCAAGACUAUUGUUACCUAACACAUCCCCCCCAGAAGUCUGUAACGAAUUCCUGAGAUUCCGAUCAAACAAUGACCAACACAAAGGUGGGGGGUUCUCUCCGUCCCACAUCUUGCUUCAAAUGUUUACGUACGCGCUCCACUCCAGCGGGGAUCGAUAGAAGACAAACAACCGGGCAUGUUCCUUGUCUAAUCACCCACUGAUCUACCGGUCCGAAAUUUCGCGGGGUUUUCAACUAGUCGCGUGCAUAGGCCUAUAAUUCCCCAUACAAUAAAAUUUGCAUGUCUAUAGUACAGCGCGAAACCAUAAGGUUUCGUCGAUACACGAAUAGCGUAACAGCCUUAAAAUGUGCACUGCACUAAAGAAAUCGUACACACUGUACAAAACUGUAACGAUAAGUACAGUACACUGUUCAAUCCACAGUUCUCUCUCUUAUCCCAAGAAUAAAAGAAUCCAAGCCAGUUAACGCAAAUCGAUUAUAGUUCCGUACGCCUUACUGAACAGACCGUCAUGUGCAGCCUAUGUGGAAAGUAUUGUGACAUGAACUUGAAGCUGGCGUUUGGAGAGUUUGGAGAUGUCCGGAUGGUCUGAACAUCAUUGCAAAGUCCAGGAGAGUUCGUUUUAAUCUGGCAACAUCGCAACCUUUUCAAUCAUUAGACCCUCUGUGAGAAAAUGCCAAAUUGUUUACUACCGGUUCUUGACUGAUAACAAGCAGAAUGGAUUCAGUGGUAGUGUUUGUGGCUAUUUGGUGGACUGCUAACAUGGUGGCCACCAUAGCCUCGAAGACAGCAAUAAGUGGCACCAAACCUGACACCAUUGAGAGUAUGACUACUUGGACACCAGCUUUAAAAGAUCUUAGAUGGCUUGAAUUGACUAUGCUGCAACACGUCCUCGGUGCGCUGUUCUCCAACACGUGGCUCUUUGCCGUUCGUGGUGCGACUGCCUUCCCUGUUGCUUCUGUCAAUCGCAAACACAUGCUACUAGCAGCUAUCGGCAAUGUGAUCGGAAAUCUCGCCACCAAUGCGGCUUUUGCUGCAGUUAGCUCAAGUCUGACUCAAGUCAUCAAAUCUUGUGAACCGAUCUUCACCUUUGUUUUUACACUGCUAUUUUACAAGGGUAAGGGAAACUUGAACUGCUCUUUGUUCAUAUCGAUCAUCGCCAUGGUUCUGGGGACGUGUAUGUUCAUCUCUGGAGAGCUAUCCUUUAACAUCUGGGGACUUACUGCCGCAGUUAUUUCGAACAUUGCUUUUCCGAUACGCAACAUCUAUCUGAAGAAGUUGGGAGAGUUGUGGGAAGGUCCUCUUCAGAAAUUUGCAGCAAUCUCCAACUUCAGUGUCUUGAUUCUGCUUCCAUUUGCAGUCGUUUACAGCCAAAGCAUGAGUGCAUUACUCCCCAUCGAGAGUUAUACUUCUGCCAUCUUUCAUUUAAUUUACAAUGCUGCCUCCUUAACAGUGCUUCAAGAAUGUAGUCCCUUGGUACAUGCAAUACUGAACCUCUCAAAAAGAAUGUUUGUUAUUCUUGCAAAUAUGAUAGUCUUUUCUUCUCCGUUCACCUUAUCGACGAUUGCUGGUCUUGUAUUUAUUUCCACGGGACAUUACAUUCACCAGAUAAGCCGCGGUUCCCUGCCGAUGAUCAGUAGGCGAUUAGUCAAGAAGUGUCUCCCUCUUGCGAUCGUUAUAGUCUCGUCAUCUUUGUAUUUGUUUGUAUUCAUGUACUCCACUAAGCCCGUGAUAAACCUGUUACAAAUACGACAAACAGCCUACACCCCCCAACUAGCAACUACUGCUUGGGUCUAUGAAAGACCAAUACCGCACAACGUUGUGGAAAAUAUUAACUCAUUUCAGACAAAGAACCCCGGAUUGACAGUGACAGUAUUCUGCGGUUCAUCCCAGUGUAUGCAGGCAGUACAGGAUUUACGUAACCCAGGUGUCACGGUCAAAUUUCUAGUGCUCACGGAUAUUGUCAAGAACACAACUCUGGAGCACUGGUUAGUUCGACAUCCACUCCACAAGGUUGUGACGGGUGUGAGCUUUGAAGAUCACGUUUACGAAGCGGUUAGGCUAGCCUUGUUGUGGCAUUAUGGUGGUGUUCAUUUUAACCCCUUGGUUAAACUUGACCAGUUCACUAUCCCUAAGGUCAAUGGGGCAUGGGUUAGUAUUGAUACAAAUAUCACAAGGAGCACGCGCGGAAUUCUCAGCGUUUCCCAGUUUCGAGUUCAGAGCACUUUCAUAGCGAAUCUUACUGAGGCGUUCUGUCGUGAAUAUUCUCGGAAUGUUACCAAUGUAAAUCCACGACUGUCGCCUAAGUUUGAUUUUGAGGCAGUUGUUAACGAUAUUUACAACCUAUCCUGCACGUCUAGGAAACUUUGCCCCGAGGGCGUCGCAAUUAAUCUCUCGAGAAUCCCUUUUGGAAAUAAAAUGAGACGCCACUUUGGUACACUUUCAUACGACAAACGAGUACGGGUACUAGAAUAUCUAAAUAUCGGGGACGAGAUACAGGGCAUUCCUGGGCUUCAAUUCUUACCUUUCAUGGAUCACCUCCUUGAACGAUAUAAACUUGGAGAAUCAAAAGGAGAACAUCAUAUCCGUGCUUUCUUCAACGCUUGGUGGGGAGAACCAACAAUGAUGUGGCCACCACCGACAAAUAUUGAUCCCAUUAUGUUGUCCAUGCACAUAGCUCCUCAAAUCAGGUCUGUUAUAUUGAAAAAUGUCACCUAUCUGCAGUCUAAAGCACCGAUAGGGUGCAGAGAUAAUAACACUCUGGCAUUUUUGAGGAGAAACAACGUCGAUGCUUACCUUUCAGGCUGUUUGACACUCUUUAUUAAGAGUCCAAACAUUCAGCAAAAAAAGUCGGGGAAAAUAUUCUUGGUUGACUUGAGAGAAAAGUAUGAGCGCCUACUUCCUUUAAGAAUAGCACAGGAAGCAAUUCGGCGUUACCACCUUAUUAUCGGUCAGGGCAGGACAAACAGCGUGGAACGUUUCCAGACAGCUUACAAGUUGCUUGAAGAAUACUCGGAGGCACGGCUUGUUAUCACACAACGUAUCCACUGCGCAUUGCCAUGUGUUGCCAUGGGAAUACCAGUUAUUUUCUUCAACAGCGAGUACAUGCCUGGUGGUAACGUACCUGGCCACGGAAAAACUCCUUCCCCACGGGUGUCGGGACUUACACCUCUCUUUCACACCCUGGAUGCUUAUCAAAUGUCCGAAAUAUCAAUGGUUCAAUGGCUACGCAAUUUUAACUGGGAAACCCCACCACCAAACCCUGGUGUAAGCUUACGCAUGCGUCUUCUGGCCUCAAACUGGAACUUGAUUCGACAGGACCAAGCUUUGUACGACAGCGCGCGAAGAUUUGGUCUGUUACCCGUGUCAGCUCCUGCCAAAAAGACUCCACAACAAUUAAUAUUUCAUGUCAUUGUAAACAGUAACCGUACCAGCCUCGAGUGGCCAAAAUGGCGGACCAUUGAAUCCCUUUUCUAUCACCAUCCUCAUUCUAGGGUAAUUGUUCACAGUAACAGUUUAAAGGAGAGCCAAUUCGAUGUAUUAACGGAAGCUGGUUAUGAUGUUGAAAUACUCAGUCUUGAUGCUAGUAUAGAUGCUGUCUCAUCAAAUGGUGCAAGUAAAACAAAAAAUCAGAAGAAACCCGAAAAUAAUUUUAACGAAACCCUGGCAAAGCUAGCCAUACUGUUCCACUGGGGUGGGGUGUACAUCGACGCAAAUGUUAUCCUCUUGAGACAACUUGAUUUCUCGAUGACAAAUACUCUAAUUUGGUCAAAUGAAAAGCGGGAUUCCUUCGAUCUUUCUGUUAUGAAGUUUCGGAGAGGUCAUCCUUUCUUGAAGGCUGCUAUUCAGAAAGGAUCUGAUUUACAAGCAUUCCCACGAGGCAAACACAGUUCUACAUUUAUGGCAUCUAUAUUUCACAGCUGGUCUAACAACUUAGAAAGCAGUUACAGAAUUCACGCUUUGGCGUUAAAAUCUUCGUUGAAGAAGUUUAAUUCCAAAAAUGCCAAUGAGUGCUCAAAAACUGUACCCGGAACAGUUGAUGACUCUUACAUUAAACAGCUGCAACGUGAGGUAUUUGGGGCUAAAGUUAUGGGCUUAAAUAACUCUAGCAAACUGAAAAGAGGAACUGUCUGUAAGCAUUUACUCAAUUCAUUUUGUGUUUUAUGUAACAAUAUCUACUAACAUGCACAAGGUACAUCUUUGUUUGUAUGCGCCAUUUUGGUACUCAUAAAUAAAUUGUUCUUCUGCUAUGGUUUGUUUCUUUACCACAAUUGAGUCACUGGGUCGAUUGAUCUCAAAUGCCAGUAAGGCCUCAGUAUGCAAGAUUUCUGUUCACUCUAGAGCUUCUCUCUAACGUGUACCUCUGUUGGUGUUUUGGUUACUAGUACAUUUUAAGCACGCAGGAAAACUCGGACUAGAUUAGUCCGUUUGAAUGCAUCAAGGAAAUUAAACUCAGUGGAAAAACUGGAAUUGCAUUGUGCCACAUUAUUUUGUACAAUGAUCCCUAUUUUACUUGAUUCAAUACUCAGUACAGGUUCAGAGGGGAAAGUUCCGGAAUGAAUGAGAAUUUAUUUGUGUUUAUAAUGCGGAUAUUCAUUUCCGAUCAUUUUAUUUUGAUUUGUCACGAUGUUGCUGUAAAAUAGUUUCUUUCCCAGCAACAGUUACAGGUGGUAGCGUUUAUGUAUAUUAUUUGUUUUCUUUUGUAUGUAUUUAAUUGAAUGAUUUGUUGUGAAAAGUUUGAUAAAAAAAGAAAAAAGCACUUGAAGAGUCUUGCAUAAACCUGUAAAUUAAAAAAAAAUUGUAUAAGGUGGUGUGGUGUCGAAAAAAAUAAUCCAACUUUUUGAUGUGUUUGUUAUAAUAACGUAUUUAUCACGAUGUGUUUUGGAUCACUUGUUUACGGUGGCACUUUAUAAUUCUCAUCUUUUGGAGAAGUUUAUCUCUGAGAAUAGCCGACUGUCGUAGAGUUCUGUGUUUGAGUCAUUAACAAAAAAGACCAUUGAACAUUCCUGAA